CGAAUCGUGGGCUUGCGGCGGGAUAACAUUAUUUGAUAAAGAGUGCAACGAGAUCGGCCAGAGUCUCGGUCCGCCAUAAGCACCGCCUCUAUUGUGAAGCAAGGCGCACAGUAGUUGGUUGGAUUAGAAUUGCAAUGGAUGAGGCCGUUAGCGGAUCAGAGAUGAAUCUCGUAAGUAGAAAAAAAAAAGAGAACGUUGUCCAUUUUACGGACAACUUAGUUAAAUAGCGCUUGUGGUGAAUCUUACUUGGAGGAAUUAACAUGAAGGGAUAGAAUUUAUUUGAAUGCUUGUUACAAGUUUCUUUUUCUGUAAAGGAUAAUCUGAUAAUCCAGAUUAGUUGUAAGUUGAUCUAAAAAUAAUAUGAUAUAGGCUAAGAAUACUAAUACUAAUAUUUUGUGUGUGUGUGUUAGUUAGUGUUUUUUUUUUCCUUAUGAAGUCUUUCUUGACUUAUUGUUUACGAAUAUGAAAGUGGUCGUCAUAUUUUCCAAGGAGUUCAGAAAUGUGAAACAUUUAAAAUUUACGUGUGCAGUGUAGGCCUUUUUCUUCACGCCGCUUUUAAACAUUAUUAACUUAGAGUUAGAGCUAGUUAACUUUAAUAGCCGUCUUGUUUGCCGUUAUUAUUCACAACUACCUCAUACUAUGAUUCUAAUCUUUAAUCUACAUACGUUACUAUAUAGUUAAACAAGAGUAGCCUAUAAACAUCAGACCUUUUUUUAAGUAUUUAUUUUUUAAAAAAAAAAAAAAAAAAAAAAAAAAAAAGAAAGAUACUUUUCGAUUGUAGCAAUGAAACAUUUCAUUCUAUUCUUCUUUCUAUUUGUGGAGAAAAAUAAAACCAUGAAGAAAUGACAUAAUCAAACAUUUAAAAGCUAGUUUGUCUUAAUUUACAUAUUUGGUGGUCGUCCAAUGUGACAAAUAAUUCUUUUAAGCAUUGCCUUAUUCAUUUUAAUAUUUUAAUGAAUACAUUAAAGAUAAAUAAAUAAAUACUUAAAUAUUUGAAUCAAUCACUUUAAAAAAAAUGAUGAAAAGUUGAUCGGGCGCCACCUUUUUAACUUUUAAGGCAGGUGUCUUUUAGACAAAAUCAAUACUAUACAAUAGGCUUAUAGUUUACUAAUCAUUAAAAUAUAUUUUAAAAAAAAUAUUAAGACCUAUAAAAGCAAAUAUGAUUAAAACUUAAGAAAAAUAGGUUUGGGAAACGUACUUAUUAUUUUUUUUUUAAAGUUAUAUUUAUUGUUUACAUAAGUGGGCUAUCUAUUUUUUUCUCUUUAAACAAGAGCCCCCCCCCCCCCACAACCACACCCCCAAAAAAAACCACCAAAAAAAAAAAAAAAACAAAAAAACAAAAAAAAAAAAAAAAAAAUUAAAAAAAAAACACACACACACAAAAAAAACACACACAAAAAAAAAAAAAAAUAAAAAAAAAAAAAAAAAAAAAAAAAUAAAAAAAAAACAAAAUAAAAAUAUACGUUUUUCUUACAUAUAUAUAUAUAUAUAUAUAUAUAUAUAUAUAUAUAUAUAUAUAUAUAUAUAUAUAUAUAUAUAUAUAUAUAUAUAUAUAUAUAUAUAAAUGCACUUGCAUUCUACAUUUCCCUUUUUAGCUUACAAUAGCACCUGCAGCAUUUUUAAAUUUAUUGCUUUUAACAAUUUUUUUAUUUCAUUACAGUAAUUAUACAGGAUCAUAUUUCUGUUAAAUGGUCAUAAUUUACUCCGCACAUUUAAUUUCAAACUAAAAAUGACGAUCUUGUAUCAUCUCAAGCACACCGUUAAUGAUACUGUAAUGAGAACGAUACAAAAACAACAACAACAUUUUUUAAGGCCCACGUUUACAUCCCACAAAAAUAUACAAUCAAAACAAAAACUUGGUUUUCAAACAAAAAGUCUCUGUCAUUGGCUUCGAAUUUGGGGGGGCCUCCUGCUAAAUCAAAGAUAUCCGUUUAAUUCGACAUCCUCAAAUUCUAACAGUGUUGCCAAUGAUUACUUAGCACUAUAUGUGAUACAAAAUCUCACUGCUGAUAUUCCAUUUGCGGGUCGUACCCAUCUCGGUAUCAACUCUUUUUCUGUAAGAUUGUUGCCACGCGUCAAUAUAAACAAACAGACUAAUUCAUCACCGCUUCAAAAAACGGCAACCGAAUAAAAAAAAAUUUAAAAAAAAAAAACGGACCAAGGAAACAAUUUAAAAAACACCACGACAAAAACCGACCACCAACAUAUGUGAGCUGAAAUUCAUCAAAUACAACAAAACGUCUUCCCUUUCAUCUGUAACCUCAUACUCGACAUCUCGACAAUAAUCGAUCGCAGUCAUCAUCUGCCUCGCGUCAUGAUGUCUGGUAAACCGCUAUCUGACACCUGAUUGUGUUCACGCUCUCACAGAUGCAAUAGGUUCAUCGUGGCACACCCCCCCCCACCCCAAACAAACACAAAUCUUACGUUAUUUGUCAUACCUCUUGUGGGUUUUGAGAUAUCAUUUGUGCACACACACACACACAGAUAUAUAUAUAUCAUUUAUUUUUCCUUAGGGUUUAAAUUGUUAUACUUUUUUUUUUUUUCGUGCAAUAACUUAUUUGCUUGAGACCUCCAAAGCUGAGGAAAUGGGAUUUGGGAGGGGGGUAGGUGAUCUUGUGGGUUUUGAGAUAUCAUUUGUGCACACACACACACACAGAUAUAUAUAUAUCAUUUAUUUUUCCUUAGGGUUUAAAUUGUUAUACUUUUUUUUUUUUUUUCGUGCAAUAACUUAUUUGCUUGAGACCUCCAAAGCUGAGGAAAUGGGAUUUGGGAGGGGGGUAGGUGGUGCUCACUUACACACAGGUAUAAUUGUACCUAGUAUUUCUAAUGCCACAUAGUUUCAUUUUCUCAGUAGGAUGUUCCUAGUCUGUGCCAUCCCCCCACAUAAUCUCACCUCCCACACAUUGUUUAACACCAUGCCUCAUGUUUAAAAACAAACACGCCUACAUACAUGAACGCUGUCUCAUUAAAACUGGCCGUGUUGAUCAGAACGCCGACUCAUUGACAUUGUCACUUAUUUUGAGGGAGCACACUCAUUUUAUUUAAAAACUGCCACUGUCUGUAUCAACACUUUCACAUCUAUAUAUAACGUUUACCAACACACUCAUUUUAUCAACACUGUCACUGUUUUAACGUUUACCAACACACUCAUUUUAUCAACACUGUCAAUGUUGUAACGUUUACAAAACACACUCAUUUUAUCAACACUGUCACUGUUGUAACGUUUACCAAACACACUAAUUUUAUCAACACUGUCACUGUUGUAACGUUUACAAAACACACUCAUUUUAUCAACGCUGUCACUGUUCUAACGUUUACAAAACAAAUUCAUUUUAUCAACACUGUCACUGUUGUAACGUUUACCAAACACACUCAUUUUUUCAACACUGUCACUGUUGUAACGUUUAGCAACACACUCAUUUUAUCAACACUGUCACUGUUGUAACGUUUACCAAACACACUCAUUUUUUCAACACUGUCACUGUUGUAACGUUUACAAAACACACUCAUUUUAUCAACACUAUCACUGUUGUAACGUUUACCAAACACACUCAUUUAUCAACACUGUCACUGUUGUAACGUUUACCAAACACGCUCAUUUUAUCAACGCUGUCACUGUUCUAACGUUUACAAAACAAAUUCAUUUUAUCAACACUGUCACUGUUGUAACGUUUAUCAAACACACUCAUUUUUUUCAACACUGUCACUGUUGUAACGUUUACCAAACACACUCAUUUUUCCAACACUGUCACUGUUGUAACGUUUACCAAACACGCUCAUUUUAUCAACACGGUCACUGUUCUAACGUUUACCAAACACACUCAUUUAUCAACACUGUCACUGUUAGGACAUACCCAAGAAUGGACAGUAAACAGACAGUGACAAUCGACACCCACUGUUUACUCAAGUCCACUGAUACAAUUUGAUACAGAACAAAUACCAUGUUGAAAAUAAACCCAACGUUACAACGUUACAAUAGAGAAGCAAAUGGCACCGAUGCUAACAAUCUGAACAGCUUGAUGGACACAAAGAUGAAUAAGAACCAUCCUAAAGUCUGCUCCGUUUCGCUGGCGCCACUGCUCCAUGAACAUGGGGAACGAUUUAGGGAAAUCAAUCACCAAUCUAAUUGUACUUAAAAAAAUAAUAAUUUGUAACAUUUCUAGAGCAUUGCAUUAGUGUACUGCAGGGGUGGGCAAGCUGCGGGCCACAUGCGGUCCACGGAAACGUUUAAUGCGGCCCGCAAGACCACCUGAGAACUGGAUGAGUCUUUUUCUCCUUACACUUAAACUGUACGAAUUGCGAAUGCUUAUAACAAUCUCAAAAUAAGUUUUAAAAAUAAGAAAAUAAAAGUAUAGUUAAUAAUUUUUGAAAAAUUGCAACUGCUCCUUUUCGGCACUGAACUCAGGAUGCUAUUUCCCAGUCCAUUGUUAAUGACGUCCAUGACGUUUAUACUUAAGCGGCCCCUAACUACAAAGUUGUUCAGAUGAAUCCUUUAUAAAAUGUAAUAAUGAGCAAUGGGGGGGGGGGUUGAGGGGGUUGGUUGACAAAACAUUCAUCCCAGCAACGCACUUUAUAAGGGCCCUAAUUAGUGCUCCCCGACUGCAAGGCUCGCAACUCCACAUUCUUUUCGCACCCCUGAACUAUAUUAAUAUUCUUAUGACCCACCGGCUUAACACCGCAGAUUUGUUUCAUCGACUAUUUCAGAAAAAAAUAAAAGAAAAUGUAAUGGACCAAUCGAUAUUUCGAUAUUUAAAAAAAAAAAAGAAUUUGCUUUAGCGCAAUUAUCAGGAAUUUCCUUCAUGUUCCCUUAAAAGAAGUAAAAAACUGAUUUUUUGGGGGUAGGGGCUGAAAAUUUGAUAGAAUAUGUUGCAAAGUUUCAGUUUGAUAGCUUGACGGGAAGCGGGUCAAUUUAUAGUCGAAAGAUUUUGCCAACCCACCACAAACAAAAGCGAAGUUAAGAUAAAGGAUUAAAAAAAAGAAGAAUUCCGUGUGGCCCUCUGCAUGGACAAAAAGUUUUCCCACCCCUGGUGCACGUCUGUUACAGGUUAACAAAUCACUGAACAAUGGUUGCUGCAGACUACUGUCUUGCAAAACUAUUUUUUCCCCCUCGCGUAAUUCCGAUGCAGUUCUUUGUAGAUGUUCACUGUUGAACUCACUCUCCUUCAACACUCCUAAUCAGUAGAGAUAUCGCUAUUCUCGGUUUCAAAGAUGUUCUUUUUAGAUUUCGCUAUAGGGGCGAAUGCGUCAGAAUACGCGAUUCUCAUUUGUCGAGACAUUUAGGCUAAUGGUCGACCAGUUGUAGACUCCCGUUGAGCCAGUACACUUUCAGGACACUUCCAGAAUGGCGAAAUUUCUUGAGAAUAAACAGUGAAACCUUGCUACAAUGGCGCAGUCUUAUUAAAUCUCUCUGGGAAUUUUUCUGCCACAUUUUUAAAGCUUAGGCCCCCUUCACGACACGGCCAAUUCCAUAUGAGCGAAAAUAGGACUCACACCUUUGAAUUGUGUCCCCCGCUGUAGAGAGAGACCCAUUUACAGCAACGACUGCCCAACACAUCUUCCUUGAGACCUAAGGGAACACGUGGCGGUUGGAUCUAUGCACCGUUGACAAACACACCUGAGCGUUCAUGAUGCGGCAGUUUCAGAACUGUUAUACUUUUGGCGCAUAAUGUAUGUGUAACGAUGCAGCAUUUAUAAUGACAGUAUAACAGUAUAUAACAGUAUUCUCUAUAGAGGCUCAUCAUCAUCGCCUGUCGUCCCGUCCCGUCUGGGGCAGAGGCCACAAACAAAGGCUCUCCAGGCAUCCCGGUCUUAGGCAAGUCUCUCCAGCUGUCCCCAGUUGUGCUCACUCUAUACUACAGGCUAAUAGCUGAAAGCCCCAAUCAUUUUGUACCGGUAAUUGAAAAAAACAAAAAAAAACCACACAUUAUUUCAACAGCUCUGUUUCUAACGCUGGCUCGCGAACAAGCAGGUUGUGAAGUAUAAACUGACGUACUGCCGAUAAACCGACGUACUGCUGAUAAACCGACGUACUGCUGAUAAACCGACGUACUGCUGAUAAACCUACGUACUGCUGAUAAACCGACGUACUGCUGAUAAACCGACGUACUGCUGAUAAACCGACGUACUGCUGAUAAACCGACGUACUGCUGAUAAACCGACGUACUGCUGAUAAACCGACGUACUGCUGAUUAUUUACAAGGUUUUAGUUUCUGUGGUCCGUUGUAAGGUCAACAGAAAUGUACUUGAAAAAAUGUAUCCUUAAAAAAAAAUCAAUUAUACCUUCAUGAAUGAAUUAAUCAAUCAUUUAGUGGGGUGGUGUGGAUUAACGAAUCUAUAGGUUAAUCCCCAACUUUAUUUACGCAGUUGCAUCAAUGGAUACAUGUUCCCUGAGUAAAAUUCAUUGUAAACAUGCGUUCUAUAAAAUCACAUAUAAAAUUCCAUUUAUAACUUUAAAUUUCCGUUGUGGCAUCUCAUAUUAAAUUCUCUGUGUAAAAUCGUAUGUAACACUCUCUUUGUCUUUGUAACAUCAAAAAUAAAAUCCCUGGUGUCUAACCUUUAAAUUGCAACGUUAAGCCUGACAAUGCACAUUACUUGACAGAAAAAAAAAAGAGAGAAAUCUGAUGAACUCAGGCCAAUGACCCCUACCCUACCCUAAACCUGAGACUUUGCUACAUCCACCAUCCAUCACCCCCUCCUCAACAUGAAUUUCUUAGGGAAAUUGGCUUACAAUUCAAAUAUUAUGGACAUCAAUUAUAAAUAUUUUCAAAAUACAAAAAAAAAAAUAAAAAAAAUAAAUACUGUAAUUAAAGGCUAGGUAAAAACUCACACGCACCCGAGACAAAUUUAUAUAAUAUAAAAAGUCGGAUUUCUUCUACGAUCUAGUUAGUACUCACUUUCCAACCCGAAACCCGGGGAAGAAGAAAAAUCAGUGAAGAACAUCAUGACCAUGGGCGUUGAGAACUAAUGGGGAGGGAGGGUGUUUGAUUGCUUGUGGCCGAUGGGAGGGGGUUGAGGUGGCUGGGAGAAGGGGGUGGAAAAGUGAAAAUAUCUGGAGUCUGUGGAAAAUAUCUAAGCAGAAGAUAAAAUAAACAAACCAGAAGGAACACCCAUUAAGUGACAAGGCGGCUAAAAAUGUGCGGAGCGGAGAUGCAGGUGAACCAAUUUAUUUGGCUUAAUCUCAAAAAAUACUUUGCAGUAAUCUAGACAGAAUGGUAGACCAAUCAGCUAAAAACUAUCUUUUGUUUUAAAUAAAAGAUGGUUCUUUUAUAAUUAACAUUCCAUAAGAACAUUCAUUUCUACAAAAGUUUUAAAUUUAUUUCUUAGCGACAAUGGUUUCUAGCUGCAAUUUAAAAAAUAAUUUAAAUUACAAAAAAAAUUUAAAAAAAUAUAUAUAUACAUAUAUAGGUCUAGUCUAUCUUUAAAAUCAGAUUUUUUUUUUUUAUUUGUUAACCCUUAAUCACUUUUGAAGUAAAAAAAAAAAAAAAAGCCUUUUUAUUUUAAUCAUCAUUUGAUUAUAGUUAUUGUUUUCAAAUAAAAAAAAAGAGGGGCAUGUGUUUUGGUAUAAUGGGAAUUGUGAGCAGUUAAGGAAAUAUUGUACUUGUAUCGGAGAUAUGAACCUCCCCAUCCCAACUUAAUGCCUCUGUCCUCCUUUCAUACUUUUCGUAUGAGUUGCUCCAAUUAGUUCUUAUAACAUAGAGCCUCCAAAAACUUAAGACGAGCACCGACACCUGGCCAUUGAGUUACCCGUGUGUGGUAACACUUAACAAGGUGGGGUUUUUGUGUGUGUUUUUUUUUUUUUUAAAGCAAAACGAAUUAAAGAGCGCAUUAUUUUACUUUUUAGGAAAUGAAUUUUAAAAAAAAGAAAGAAAAAAAUAGGAUUGAGAUAAUCUUUUAGGCAACCCAUCCUUUGUAAUAAAGCGCAUCAACAAAUCAUUAACAUAAUGUAGACCAACUGAAGUUGACAUGACCAACUGAAGUUGACAUGACCAACUGAAGUUGACAUGACCAACUGAAAUUGUCUUGACCAACUGAAGUUAACUUGACCAACUGAAAUUGUCUUGACCAACUGAAGUUAACUUGACCAACUGAAAUUGUCUUGACCAACUGAAGUUAACUUGACCAACUGAAUUUGACUUGACCAACUGAAUUUGACUUGACCAACCGAAGUUGACUUGACCAACUGAAUUUGACUUGACCAUCUGAAGUUGACUGACUUGACCAACUGAAGUUGGAUUGACCAACUGAAGUUUGAUUGACCAACUGAAGUUGACUUGACCAACUGAAAUUGACUUGACCAACUGAAGUUGACUGACUUGACCAACUGAAGUUGACUUGACCAACUGAAGUUGACUUGACAAACUGAAGUUGACUUGAUCAACUGAAGUUGACUUGACCAACUGAAGUUGACAAGAAGUCGUGUUACUUAACAACUGUUAUUAUUCUUACCCACAUUUCAUACAAUCACAUUCAAUAUCCCAACUUUUCUGAUUGGCGGAAUAUUUUUCAGCACAGCUGGGCCGUAGGUAUUGUCACCUGGGGCAGGUGGAUCAAUUUGGUACCCUUUCGAUACAGUUUAAAAAUAAUAUAUAUAUAUAUAUAUAUAUAUAUAUAUAUAUAUAUAUAUAUAUAUAUAUAUUUCUAAUAAGUAUUGAUCAUCAUUUAUAGGCGCCUUUCCCCAUUGUUCACCCGAGCCUAGCGCCUCGUUUGACUCACCCUAUUCCCGGCUUAACCAGAGCUUAAAAUUGUGUACAUAGCUCUAGCUUUAAGCCUGACCGAAAUGUUAAUCUUUCAAAGUUUGAAAGAGCCUUGAUCCACCCACAACGAAACAACGGACACUCGCAAUACCGAAGCUAAUGGCGCACACAAACGGUCACCGGCCGUCUGGCCAAUUUCAAAGGAUGAUAACUGUUUACCCCACAUAUCCAAGUUAACCCGUAGAAGAUAUCGGCUCCGAUGGGUAGUCAGGUGGGGGUAGGGUGCUCGAUCAGAUUAAUUAUGAUACAAUCGAUUUAAAAUAUGAAAAAAAACAACCAACAAUCAAAAAAUCCCCACAGAAAAGCAAACCAACAAACUCUUUCCUAUUUGCUAGGAUUGUGGGUAUAAAACAAUCUAACUAGGCCAUGGAAUGAUUCUUAAUUAAUUCAAAAAGGUUGAAUUACAUUUAUUUUAAAAAGUUUUCAUUUGGUUCUUUGGUUAAAUUCUUAAAAAUUGUCUUAAAUGUUUGCGUAUGCAAAGCAAACUAAAAUAGAUUUUUUAAAAAAAUGUUUCAAUGUGAAUUUUUUUUUAAAAAACUUAAAAAAAAAAAAAUUUAAAAAAUAUACAAUUAGUUUAAUUGCUCUUGAAAGUAUUUUACUUAAUAUAUGUAAACAUUUAUGUUUCAUAUUUGCAUAUAUGUGACACUAUCACAAGUUUGAAAGAAGAAAAAAAAAAGUGUUUUGCGUAUGUGGAGAAAACGCUUCCCUCCCAUAGUUAGACAUACGGAAAUGAACUUUUAAAAAAAAAGAUUACGGUGUUCAUUUAUCUGUACUGUGUUUUAUCGUUCAUAUCAGUGCAGCAUCAACACUCUAUUUGUUGUUGUUUUAAAAAAAAAAUUAUAUCAACUUUUCAAGCCAGUCUAACCUUUAAUUGCUUUUUAACUUUUUUUUUGUUCCUUUCUCUUUUUCAACAUUGUACAGACAAACGGUACCCCUAUGGACUCAGAGCCCGAGUCAGACACAUUUAGCGACAACGGAGACGUAGCCGAUCUCAACGCCGAUAAACUGGACCCCUCAGAGAGGGCGCUCUACGAGAAACUGAAGCAGCAGGAGAGAGAGGAGCGGGAAGAGAUCGAGCGCGAGCUGAAGGAGCACGAGGAGGCUCUCGCCAUCCACAACACCCACCUGAGGGCCCGGGAGAAGGAGAUGCACCUCGCCCAAGAACGCAUGCAGCAGCGAUCAGAGCGCGAGCUCGACCUGAGCCGACCAAGUUCCAACAAAUCGUUGUCGAACGGAAACGGUAACGCCAAUAACGGGAACGGGGCGCCAGACACCGGCAUCGGCGGCGGGACUAGCAGUAACGGGGCGCCGAAGAGCUCGGGGGUGAUGAACAAUAAAAACAGUAUUAUGUCGUUUCCGGGCAACAACAUCAUGGGCAACACCAACAAUAACAACAACAAUAAAAACUUGGGGAUUGGCGGGAACCUCAUCAAGAACAAUGGUGACAAUAGCUUGGAUACGAUGAGCAAGUUCCUCGCGGAUGAUUUCCGGGCACACUUACACAACAGCGCCAACUUCUUGUCCUCAUUCCCUCUGGGGCACCCCCUGGCACACGCCCACUUGGCGCUGGGCGGGCACCUGCUGGGGAGAGAAAUGAAAGGUCUGGAGGUGGUCAACCCCUUCCACCCGAUAUUACCCAAUCACAGCGCGUUCCCUAGCCCGCCCUCCCCGGCGGAACGGUAUCCACCCAGCUCGACCACGCCCAUGUCCCCAGCCGGUAGCCUUCAGCCUUCCCCUUCGCCCGACGACCCCAACGGGGACAGCCGAUCCCACAACUGGACGUUUGAGGAACAGUUCAAACAG